UUUUUUGAUUAUGCUAAACUUUGUUCUAAAAUGUUUAACUUUUUUUAUACAUACCGUUUAGUUUUAUGCGAUGCGUACAAAUGACUCGUUUUCCCAUUAAACGCAAUGCACUGUAUUUAAUUCACAUUAUUAAUGUACUGUUAGGACAGCAUGUCAUCACGGGAGUAACAACUGGCCAGAUUUUCCUAAUAAUAUCUAAUAUUUACAUAAAAAUAUUGCUACAAUUUAUUUUCCUUUUCAACUCCCGAAAGGCACAACAAGCAUGCGUUUAGCCCUAGGGGACAUCCUCCGGCGAAACAAGCGGCGUUCAGCUGCAGAGCAUCAGUGGGAGACAUCGGCCCGCGCUUCCAAACUAUUCUUUAGCCACCGAUCGCUAUAAUUCAGCGAGGUCUGACGUGACAAGACAGCACACCGAGAGAGACUCCAUUCAGAAGAACUGGAGAACAACGUCUACGAGACUCUUCAGUACAAGUUCACUAGUUGAGUCCAUGCAUUAUAAUUGCUAAUUUGCAAAUGAGGUUAAUGCAUGCGUGCUAUUUAAAGUGCUCAAGCAGGCUGGUAUACAAAUCUCUGAUGCUUUUAGACAAAUGCAUUAUGUGUUAAAAGUCAGUGAUUUUUUUUCCCCUUUAAGACGUGUCAUAUUUAUCAUGCAGACUGUGAAUAUAGUGUUUUGAUGGUGUAUUUUAAGCAACUUUAUACCUAAAUGUUAUUUUUUUAUUUUAGUUAUCAUUUUCUAUUUUUUUGCUAGUGUGUAAUUAUAAUCCUUUCCAAGUACAUUAUAUAUUUUUUUUUUAAAUAAAUAAAAUACCGCUAAUUUUCAUAUUUAUAUAUUUAUAUUUAAUCUUGGAUAAAAUCGUAAGUAUUUCAGCUCCUGCGUUUUACCAGCAUUUUUUACUGUACAAACAUAAAUCAAUUUGCUUUGUUAGUUGGGCGAAAAAUAUUAUAAUAUAUAUAUAAUAAAGAGUUUUAAAUUUUAAAAUUGUCAUUUGAUGAGGUAGUCUAAUUCAAAAUGUUGUGUUUUUAAUAAAACAUAAGUGCAUUUGUGUUAUUACGUUAAUUGGUGAACAGGUCUACCAGCGUCCAUCAUGAAAAUCAAUCAUGCAACCUGUGCUUUUUUAAUAUUGAUUGUUAACUCGUAAAUAACCAACUGAACAGAGCAUGCAAUAUGCAACCGAAUAAAGCGUCACAUUUUAUUUUACACCAAAUGAACAUGGAGACAGAGUUAAACCACCGCUGAAAUUCUGGAGAAUGUCCUGCUAGAGAGAUAAAACUGAACUGACCAGAAGAUGGCAUGCGAAUCAAAAUCAUCUCGGUGUGUGAUGUGGAGCCGGGUCUCGUGAAAAUGCAUGAACGGUAAAAGCAAAAAAACUGGUUUUGACGUUGAUGUGACGCGCACCGGGUUUUUACGUGCAUAUAAUACGCCGUUUUCAUUGCGUAGCAUACACACGCCUAAGAUACUUUCUCGCGUGCGCGCAAGAGGAUGCUGCUGCGCGUGAACUCUCCGGCGUGCGCGCGCAGCCGCAUCCCUCGCUCCUCCGCCGCGCGUUCACGCGCCGCUCUCGGAUAAGAGGAGCGCGCGGAUUUCAGAGGAUAACCGGAAACGGCAGGUUGUUUUCGAAACAUCUCGCGCAGAGGCACAAAAGCAGGGAAAAGCAAGGCGGCGGGGGGAAAUGGCUUUGACCCAAGACACGGUCCUGAGCUUUUUACUGGAGCGCGGCGGGAAAGUGAAGAACUCGGAGCUCGUGAGCAACUUCAAAGGACUUCUGAACUCCGGCGGUCCCGCGGAGAAGAAGCAAAACCGAGAGCUGUUCAAACGCCUGGUCAACAACGUCGCCGUGGUGCAACAAGUCGGCGAUGUGAAGUACGUGGCUGUGAAGAAAAAGCACCUCGGGUGCGGCGCGGGUGGAAAAAACCGCUCGGUUGGAACCGCGCGUGAAACGGAGAGCGCGGAUGUUAUCAAUAACAAUUACCGGCAUGCGAGUAACAGCUGCAGGAGUGCGUUGGAGGUCGAGGUCCUUCGUUCAGGAAGACCCUCGGAGGACUCUUUGGCAGCAAGAGCGCUUAACGUGACAAGCGACGCCAGAAGCGGCAAGACAGGGGUGGCUUUCGCUCUGGUGGCCGUGAAAUCUCCCUCGAGCGAGGACAAGAGAAAAACCAGCCCGAAAGCGCGGACGGGUGAUGCCGAACCCACCCCGGAGCGAGCUGUGAGAGUCAAAGCGUGUCGGAGCGGUGCCGCCGGAGACGGCGUCCUCUACAGGUCUCCGAGAGCCGAGGGUUCGCCGCACCUGAGCAGGUGUAGCAGACUCCCCAGGUCGGCCGAAGACCCCGAGGGGAUUCCUUUGGGAGCGACGGAGCACGAGUGGCUCGUGAGGUCAGCGACGGGAAGCUGGCGUCAGGUCUACGGCCUCCUGCUGCAAGAGCCUCGGCUGGCGCUCAAGGCUAGCUUCGUGUCCGGGUUCACCGUCCUGCACUGGGCUGCUAAGAGCGGGAACGGCGAGAUGGUGCGCAAAGUCAUCGACGUUUCCCGGCAGAGGGGCGCAGGGGUCGAGGUGGACGCCAAGUCGUACGACGGCUACACGGCUCUCCACAUAGCCGCCAUUCACGGCCACGAGCGCGUGAUAUCGGUGCUGGCGGGGGAGUACGGGGCCAGCGCUGGCGUGCGGGAUAACAGCGUUAAAAAACCCUACCGUUAUCUGCGUCCGGACGCGUCCGUCGAAGUCCGAAAGUUGCUCGGAGACCCUCGCGGCCUGCAGAGGGAUGCGCGGGACCUCUCGGAGCUCCCCGGAGGAUUCAACGCCCUGAGCAAGCUACUUCAGCCGCAGCUCGCCGGGCGUAAAAAGAAACACCGGUGCAGACCCAGCUUCCGCUUCGUCGGAGACGACCGCCAAGACCCCAGAAAGAACGUCGCGCUCGAUCUCAAACUGCUGCAGUGAAACGUCCCGACUGAACGACAGCAACGGGCACUAAAGACAGACCGGCGAUCGUUUCGUUCGCGAGGUCGAGUUACGGGAAAACGCAAUCAGCACUAGCGCAGCUGAACGGCUGAAAAAGAGCGCGCAGGUCAUGCUUUAACCCAGAAGAACGAUGAAAAUGUGUUCUGUAGAUACUGGGUUACGCUCAAAAUAAAUAUAAAUAUGUAGCGCUUAAACUCGCUCGUCCUCCGGUCGUCCCGAGAUGCAGAUGAGCGGAACCGAUGAGGAGAAAUGCAGCAUUAGGUCGCUUGCUCGGCGGUGAAUGGGUGCCGUCCAUUAGUUAACAUCAUUAAUAUUUGUUUAGAGCCGUCUUGGCGGUUCCUGUGCAGAUUUCUCUCCUGUUAUAGAGGGUUCCUAUGGCAGCCAGAAGCAGCAGUUGAGAUGUUAGCUGAUGGAGCGGAUCGGUGGGAUUAUUGUGAAGUUUGGACUCUCAUUCCGACGGCACCCAUUCGCUGCAGAGCACCCAUCGCUGAGCGGCGAUGCAGUGCUACACUUCUCCAAACCCGAUGAAGAAACUCAACCCGAGGGCGAGUCAGAGCGAAGUAUUUCUAUGAUAAGUUAGGAUAUAGUUAGGAAUUACAUAAAAAAAACAUCAAAUACCCGACUCCUUUGUAACGCGAGCAAAUUCGGGGGGGAAAUGUGCCUCGAGAAUUAGCCACCGUGUGACCUGAGAACAUGUUUCGACUUUGCCGUCGUCUUUCUCAUGUGAUGGAGCUGUGAGUAACUCCUAGAGAAGAAGCCUGGAGGAAUGGAGGGGCCUCUGAGAGGGACGUGACUGGUGAUGCGUGCGUAACACCGGCGAGAUCAACCCCAGCUCGCUGCUUUCGUUUUUAAAUAAGCGCUUUCAAAUUCGGUCGAAAUAACCACGUUACCGAUGGAAUGCGUCGGAUCGGAUGAAGCCAGGGGUGGGUUUAUCAAUGCUAGAAAGUACAAGGAAGCCUUUGUCUCGGGCGGGCGGCGAUUCAGGCGUGAUUUCAUGGGCUUUUGAGCGGUGUGCGGUGAUCUGGAAGCAUGUGAGCGGCCUGGCCUCUCGCUCGGAGCUGCUCUCGUUCAGCUGGGAGGUGAAGGUCGUUUCACAGAGAGCCCUCAUGAGACACACUGGAGCUGACCGCCAUCGCUUCACCGUUAAUUCUUUUAUCUGGCGUUAAUGCGUGCUUCGAGUUUAUGUAAAUAACGCAGAAUGGAUUUCAUGGUCGGUGCAUUAUCACAAACGCUGGCAGUGUUCGAGAAAGCGAAAUAAUAGCUCUUUGUGUUUUGCCGGAUGAUUUAUAGGGCCAUUGUUCGACCGGUGGGAUGUUUCUCUUUUUUUAUUUCUCGGCCAUUGUGCAGGUCAGCCUCGAUUCACGGAGAGUAGAGUUUGCUUAUAGUAGAAAUGUGGAAGAGCUUAUUAUAACUGAGGAACAGUUUCACAGUGACCCUCUUCACUAAAACGGAAAAAAUUGAAGAUCAAAUAAGACAACAAUAUAUAUAUAUGUGUGUGUGUAUAUACCUAUAUAUAUGUGUGUGUAUAUGUAUGUGUGUAUAUAUAUAU